ACCGUCGUUUUGGGGACUCGGUUUGUUUUCCACACAUACACAAAGCGUCGCCCAGCGUCACAAAACGGGAAAAAACAGUGAAAAAUCGGAUAAUUUGUGGGGGAAAUUUCACCAAAUUUCGUCAAACUACGCGGUAGAUAAUUAUAAUUGUUGAUGGUGCAAAGUUCAGAUCGUUUGGGGGCGGUAAAUUUUCAGUGAUAAACGGAGGUAAACAGUGUGUCGGCGAAGCGCGCCUCAGCAGACAGUGGCAAGUGACUCCGAUUUUUUGUGGAUGUAAAAUUUGAACGGAGCAAAAACCGGGAAUCCUUCCAACAACCAGCGAUGACGCCCGUGGCUAUCGUGGAAUCUCCCCUGAGGAGAUCCGACCAGUCCCGACUGUUCCGAACGCCGCGAUCAGUUGUGCACGAAGAAGUGAACGAUGACGAGGCGGAACGACGGAUACGACGAUCGGCGGCCACCCUGGACGACAGCACGGUGGCCGGAGGAUCGACUGUCGAGGACAAUGAGAAUAUCAAGAUGUGUCUGCAAUUAUACUCCGAUAAUAAACUAAGCAAGGACAACGCAUGGUCGGUGACAAUUAUCGACACCUUUUCGAAGUUGAUGUCGCGCCACUCGAACACGUUGCAAAAUUUCCAGGUUGCUGGCUCGACGCUGGAGGCUUCCACCAAAGUGUACGGUCUCCGGGUUGAUUCCGUGCACACUGACGUGAUGCGAAUGUGCUCGGAACUCACGCGGCAGUCUGCCCGUGCAAUGGACAACAAUCGCGAAGAUGAAGAUGACGACGUUGACGAGGGCGGUAACAAGGAAAACGAUGUCAGUCAGGCAGCAGGUGGAACGGACAAAGCUACCCAAGAACCCAAGGCGAAAAAGAAACGAGCCCGAAAAGUGGUCAGCACCAUCACCAAGAACAAAGAAAGCAUCAACGCACCAUUGGACACAAAUCCGUUCACGGAUCCAUUUUUUGCAAAACUGAAUUCGGUAGUCGGCGAUGUGAACAGCACGAGCCGGCUGAUGCAAAAUCUGGUUCCUACAGAGAACGCCGAACUGCUGCUGCGAAUGGAUUAUCCAUUUUGGGAUGACAAAGAAUCACCAGAACUGAAUUUUGACGAUGAAGAAGACUACAAUGACUGUGAAAAGACGUCAACUACGUUUUACGGGGUUGUGAGAACCAAUAAGCUGCACCAGAGGCUUGCAGGGUACGUGAUAUCGGAUCAGCCUGCCGAUGACGAUGACGAAGAAGACGACGCUUUUAAGGAUACUGACGAUGUGCAAAUUCGAGAUGGUGAAGCGGAAUCGCUUGUUGCGAAUCGAUCCGCGUUGGAUGUUCAGUUUGAUAUCGAUGCUGAAGUGGAACCGAUUCCAGUUGGUGAUGCUUACAUAAUCGAUUACGUUACCCCGGAUGCGAUGGGGGGCCCCGAGCAGGAUGACGAUUUUAAUGAAGAAGAUCAAAUCGCCCUGCAGAAUUGUCGAGGUCUAAAGCGAAAAACAGUACUUAUAGAGGAUAUGCGACCGAUCGAUUCUUCAUCGGUAAAUCUUGAGUAUUCGUACCGAGCUUUGGAUAAUAUCUCGCAGUUCUGGGCUGGUCCUUCUCAUUGGAAGUUUAAACGGACAAAGAAUCAACGUAGUUUAACGCUGAGAAAUACACUCGGCACAACGGAUGCAGACGGUAGAACUAAACAGAAAGUAACUCGGAAGAAAAAACGGUUCGAAGUUGACGUUUUAGAUGAUAUGAUCAGCGUAGCAGAAGAGCUUUUCCCCAGUUAUAACCCAAAUCGCCCAGUGAAGAACAUCACCCAUCUGAAAAGCUUGAUAUGUAAAAAGUGGGACUCGAAAAAGCUGAAGCUGCCGACAGACUUUCAGCUUGAACGAAAUCGCUUCGACGUCAACAAAUUUGCUCGGGGUACGAAGCUACAGGAAUUCGACGCAGCACCAGAACCAGACGUGCCAGUUGAUGAGUACGAUUAUAGCAAUCCGGUUGAUCAGAACUAUUGCAGUCGAGUAUUGAACGAUGAAGUUGAUGCUGAAGCCGAUUCAGUUCCUGACUUCGCCGGAGGUUCCGGCGAUGACCAUCAAAACUUUGAUGAUGUCGCAGGAGGAGGAGCAACAGGAGAGGGAGGGGAAGGUGGUCCAAGUCAAGCCCUCAAUACCAGCCUCGACUUUAUACCUACAGAAUUCCAAGGAGCUCCGGAUAGGGUGAUGAAGAUCAACAUUGCGUACGCGAAAACGGCCAAAGUUGUGGAUAUGAAACAGCUCAAAUCGUGCUGUUGGCGGCUAAUUCAAGAGCGUACCAGUCAAAUCUCAGCGGAAAAUCCGGGCAGUAGCAGUAGUGAUGGUCCCCAUCCAGAAGGCAAAGCCAAGUUCUCCGAAAUUUUCCGAGAGCUACCCCACAUCCUGUCGAAGUCGAUGAGCGAAAAUAUUUCCAAAUCGUUGGCCUUUUACUCGGUGUUGCAUCUGACCAACGAACGGUCACUUCGGUUAGUGCGGCAAGAGGAUCUGCAAGACUUUUCCAUUCUACCUCCGGCGUAACGUAAUUCAUGUUGCUGUAAUAAGUCUGAGUGAUAAACUAAAGAAUUGAGUAUAGUGCAAAGUAGUUUAUGGAUGAACCUUCUACUUUUACAACUUUUCUCGCAGUUUUGUGAGAAGAUUAAAAGUCGAAAUCCGAAUUCGUUAGAAGGGAGUUCGAUUUCGUAGUACUACUAGAAAUCAACUGAACUGUUUUUCAUUACCCUAACAGCGUUAUGAUUGACUUGUUUUUAGAAUUAGCUCGAAGUGUAAACCGACAGCACAAAUUGGAAUUCUGAAUCUGUAUAGAAAUAAAAAUCUAUUGGUAAGAUUGAUUAAA